CUUCAGGGAUGUUGGCAUGCAUGUUAUUGGGCUCAGAAAAAUGUUGAUUUUACACUAUUUUCAAUAAGGCUCGAACUUGAAUUAAUGGACUGCAGUGCACCCAUAAACACAGACGGCCGGUUGUGAUAACGCCCUCUAGCUCACGCAAGCUGUACAAGUAAGGUCAAAAUGCAUGUGGAUUCACAAAAUCUUGAACUAAGACUAUCCGAUAUACCUAACAGUCUACGUGUUCGCAGUGUCGAGCGUCACCGCGUGGAUAUGCCUGCAUGUCCAGAUCUUUGCCACCAAGUUGUGAAAAAAUUCAUUUAGACGAUCCGCGGGGACGAUGUUGACGUGAUGUUUUGGUCACAUCAUCGGGAAAAAUGUCUAGAAACGAAGGCCCGGAAUCUCGGAUUUCCUUACGAAAGCCAGUGAUCACUCCAAUGGAUUCGCCGGUCGAGGGUAGGCCGGAGCCCACCGGCCGCGAGCGUGCGCGGUCCAGAUGGGUAACAGUAGAACCCGUCAUUGUCAUGGCAAUGGUAGGUUACUUGUGUACAGUCUUGGUAAAGCCGUUCUACGUGAAAGACACGAUCAGCCACCACUAUAACUACUCCGAGACAAAGAACGACACCCCGUGUGGGGGCCAAGACCCUGGAAAUGACACCAUCGACAACAAAAUACAAUCGGAAUCUUCCAUGUGGUUGCUUUACCUUGGCGUCGCCUCGGGAGUCCCUGCCAUGAUGAGUUCGAUCGUCUUCUGUACCAUCAGCGACAGACUCGGCAGAAAACUGGCCAUGGCUCUCCCGGUCAUCGGCUUCGCCUUUCAGGCCGUCGUGUACGUUGUUACAGUUCACUUUAAGCUCCCGCUGGCCGUCCUCUUGGCGGGCGAGUUCGUCCAAGGUCUGACGGGAGGGUUUGGCCUACUCUUCGCUGCCUGCAUCUCGUACAUAACCGACGCCACCACGGAGAAACAGAGGACUUUGAGAAUCGUCAUCGCCGAGAUGCUGACGUUUUUAGUUUCAGGUCUGAACCAAGUGGCACAAGGUUAUCUCCUAACAUUUGGUUACCUCCCGUCAUUGGCCAUAGCGUUCGGGUGUAAUGUCAUUGCAUUGCUUUACAUCGUAAUCCCGCUGUUUCUGAUAGAAACAGUUGACGGCCAAAGAUCCGACAGUAAGGGGCUCCUCGAUGUUUGGCGGAGUAUGAAGAGGCUCUUGGAAUUCAAUGAGAAUGGUCGCCGUUGGCAGAUGCUUCUCCUGGAUUUCUUCAUCUUCUUUGUAAUAAGUCAAUUUGUGGCUUAUUCGUCGAUUUUUGUGCUGUAUGGUACUGCCGAGCCAUUUUGUUGGACUUCCUUUACAGCUGGCAUAGCAUCUGCGCUUGGAUUUGUUCUGUCAUCAUUUGGAAUGCUGAUCGGUACCAAGGUCUUAUCAUACUGUCUGGGAGAAUACUGGUUGAUGCAGAUCAGCUGCCUGAGCAUGCUCGCUGCUUUCACUGCCACGGCUCUGGCGCAGUCCACUCUAGUCAUCUAUAUUGGAGCCACUUUUUCAAUCGUCGGUUGCCUAGAAAGCUUCUCCUCAUUUAUAGCUAACCUGGCAGCAACUAGUAUAUACGGAUCAACGGUAUCUUUCCUGCCUCCACUCACGUUCUACGUGUUCGCUGGUGCCACAAUAAUUCCCAUGGUUACAGUGCUAUUUCUACAGGUUUGCUGGCCGAGACGGAAAGAAUACACCAGGCUGGAAGUUAACAGCUGUGAGAAUUGACAUGCAAAGUUGCUAAACAUAAAGCUCUGAUGUUAGAACGUUGUAAUAUUCAACCGUUGUGAAAUUAUAGAUACAAAAUAUACAACAGUUUCCAGUGGAACAUGUUUUGGAAGAAAAUAUCUACGAUGUAUUGUUUGCAUUUUUCUGGUUUUACGGAGAGUGCUAACUUCUAUUAUAAGUCAGGUUUAACCAGAUUUUCUAUUUCUGUAACCACAUAGAGGCGUUGUUGCACAUCGCUGUCGAAAAGUAACAGUAAUGUGUUUGAUACGGCUUGUUUAAAAAGAAUAUGGAACAGGAUGAAACUAAAAGUAUUUAUAUUCAUUAUCACUAAAUAUCGUUUUGUAUUGCACAAUGUUUACUUGAAUUAUGUAAUUUAAAUUGGAGUGAAAUGCUACUCGGUGUGUACAUAUACCUAUAAUACUUAUAAUAUCCAUGAUAUAUUAUUUUAUUAGAGAAUUCUCACGCUAGCAAGGCAUGUUGAGGGGAAUUAGUAGUGUGGAAAUUAUUUGUUGGCAAUAGUUUCGGUAUUUGUAGAUAAAAAUAACUGGAGAUAAGAAUACUAUAUAAUUAUAAACUCUGCAUUAUGUCUCGAAUUAAGUCUGAAAUAUAAACCAGAACAUUUUCCAGUCCAGGAAUAAAAAGGAAGUGUUUCUUGUGUCGGAUACGUUCAAACGCAGCACGAAAAUAAUAAUUUUUUGUCACAUAGGCCCAUGCAGGCAGUAUGGGCCAUCAUGAAAACGUUCCAAAGGGGGACAAAGUGAAAGCAACCCACAGACAGUGAUGAUGAGAGAAACAGAAACCUCGUAGACUUGACUGACGGUGCUGCAUUAACCUUGUCGGUGCAUCAGCACAGUAGAAACUGAGACUGACUGAAUCUAUUAAUAGUUCAAUCGGUAAUUAGUCCUGAGUCCUAGUUUCUUAAAUCUCUAUUCAACAAUUGAAGAUUGAAAAUACAAAAUACUGAUUGUUCUAGCUGUAUGUUGAUACAUGCAUGCUGUGCGUUCCUUUCCCCCCUUAGCUUAGGCAAGGAACCCUCAACCUAUCACUGACUGCGGCUGUAAUCAACGGAUUUACCAGUGACAUUAUAUUUCCCGGCAAAAGUGGGAAGGUUGACUUCGGGGCAUUGCUCUAUAGGGGUUGGCCUAAACAUGUUGCUGUUGGGUGCGAUAGUUCGAUCUUAGUGCACGAUUUGUCGAUAAUUCCGUAACCAGCUAGUCCUCUGUUUCAUCGAAUUCACGGUUGUGAAAGGCUGUUUCAAAAAGGGAUGUAACGUUGGAGGUUUCAUGCAGAAUCGACCAAUCGCGCAGAGCAUUCGGCCGAUCAUGCAGAUAGGCCGAUCAUGCCAACAUAUACAUACCUGUGACUUCACACCCUUCAUCAACAAUUUUCACUUGAAGCUAUUGGCAAUACAAGUGCAACUACCAUGAAGUUAUGUGACCCAAUACGGGCGUUUCACAACAGUACCUCCAAGGGUC